UGGCUGUUGUGGCAGAAACCCGCAGGAGCCUUCAAAGGGGAAUCCUGCAGAGCGACGGUGCCGCUGGCAAAGCCCUGGCAGCAAGAAGAGCCUGAGUGGGAUCAUGUCUAAAAGCCAAUCCUCUCCUUCGGUGUUCCUUUAAGCUUCUACAUCCUUUACUUCGUCUGUUUUUCCCUCUGCCCCGUCACAUCUGCUGGAGAAAAGCUGGGAGGAGAUGCACUAAGGCAUCGCACAUCUCGGGAGGAGAGCUCGGAUCGUGCCUCGGCGGCUGCAGCAGCACAGAGCGCUGGGGAGGAGCAGAGCCAGGGGGAACUGAACCAUUCCCAGCUCCUGCCGUGUCCCCUGUGCUCCGUGUCCCUGCUUGAUGGGGAUCUCUGCCGCAGGAGCAGGCUCCGCACUCCCGGGCGGGCGAGCAGGGCUGGCACAGCUCCCUCCUGGAUGCUGGCAAGGCCGUGUGGAUAAGCUGCUGGCAGAAGAUCCCUCCUGGAGCAGCUGCUGGCUGUAGGCCCAGCGAGCCAAGGGUCAGGAGAGCGUGUCCUGCAGCAUGACAUCCACGCUGGAGCACAAGGAUCCCCCCCAGGCCAACGGGGACUGCGGGCAGCCCGCGGGGCCCGAGCAUUUCCUGCGGCCCGAGGGCACCGCCGUGGACCUGGUGGUGCUGGAGUCCCGUGCCAACGCCAAAGGGGUGAGGGAGGAGGAUGCUCUGCUGGAAAACGGCAGCCAGAGCAACGAGAGCGAUGACACCAGCACGGAGCGGGGGCCUGAGCCCCCCUCGCCCCUGAAGGAGACCUCGUUUUCCAUCGGGCUGCAGGUGCUGUUCCCCUUCCUGCUGGCUGGAUUUGGCACGGUGGCUGCUGGGAUGGUGCUGGACAUCGUGCAGCACUGGGACGUCUUCAAACAGGUCACUGAGGUGUUCAUCUUGGUUCCUGCUCUGCUGGGGCUGAAGGGGAACCUGGAGAUGACCCUGGCAUCCCGCCUGUCCACAGCUGCUAACAUUGGCCAAAUGGAUUCACACAAAGAGCUCUGGAAGAUGAUCACAGGGAACAUGGCUCUGAUACAGGUCCAGGCCACCGUGGUUGGUUUCCUGGCCUCGAUUGCAGCCGUGGUGUUUGGGUGGAUCCCAGAUGGGCACUUCAGCAUGGACCACGCUGUGCUGCUGUGUGCCAGCAGCGUGGCCACUGCCUUCAUUGCUUCCCUAGUCCUUGGCAUGAUUAUGAUUGGGGUGAUCAUUGGCUCCAAGAAGAUGGGGAUCAAUCCUGACAACGUGGCCACGCCGAUCGCUGCCAGCCUGGGGGACCUCAUCACCCUGGCCCUGCUCUCAGGGAUCAGCUGGGGCCUGUACAAGGAGCUGGGUGAGGAAGCCUACGUGAACCCCUUGGUGUGCGCCUUCUUCCUGUCCCUGCUGCCCAUCUGGAUCAUCAUUGCCAGGAGGAAUUCUGCCACCAGGGAGGUGCUCUACUCGGGCUGGGAGCCUGUCAUCAUUGCCAUGGCCAUCAGCAGCGUCGGGGGGCUCAUUUUGGACAGGACGGUGUCGGACCCCAACUUUGCUGGCAUGGCAGUGUUCACCCCAGUCAUCAAUGGUGUGGGUGGCAACCUGGUGGCAGUGCAGGCCAGCCGAAUCUCCACCUACCUGCACAUGAGUGGGGAGCCUGGAGAAGGCCCUGGCACGGCCCCUCGGAAGUGCCCCAGCCCCUGCAGCACCUUCUGCAGCUCAGACGUGAACUCCCGCUCUGCCCGUGUGCUCUUCCUGCUGGUGGUGCCCGGGCACCUGGUGUUCCUCUACACCAUCCACUCCAUGCAGGGGGGACACACCACGCUCACCCUCAUCUUCAUCGUCUUUUACAUGACAGCAGCACUGCUCCAGGUGCUGAUCCUGCUCUACAUCGCAGACUGGAUGGUGCACUGGAUGUGGGGCAGGCACCUGGACCCCGACAACUUCUCCAUCCCGUACCUGACAGCCCUGGGGGACCUGAUUGGGACAGGGCUGCUGGCCCUCAGCUUCCACGUGCUCUGGCUCAUCGGGGACAGGGACUCCGACGUUGGGGAUUAAACCUCCCUGCUCCUCCCUUCCCACAGCUCUCCUCCUUCCAUUUGUUGUUUCUUUGCUUCUCCCCCUCCUGCCACCCCUCACCCUGGAAGAUUUCACCUUUGAUACUGGAUUCUCAUUAUUUUCAAUGGGAAUUUUACCUGGUUUAUAUUUCAAGCCGAGUUUGUAAAAAAGAAAAAUCUUACCUAGUUUUGGGAAGGACAAACAAACAAACAAACAAAAAGUGUAACGAGACAAUCACUAAGUGCAAUUUUCGUAGCAGUUGUGUCUGAACCAAGGUUCCAGAGAAGUUCCUGCUCAGUCAGGUCAUGCAGGGAGCCCCCCCUGCCCCAUCCCUCGAGGUGCAGGGCUGCUUUUUUCGCUUCAUAAGCGUUUUUUAAACCCUGCAGGUGGAGCUCAGGUCUGUUCAGCUGAGCUGGCACCUUCCAGCCAAGCACAACCUCACAGCCCAGGGCAUGGGCUACACCUGCCUUGGCUCCCUGAAGCUCCAGCCUGGGCCCACACCCAGAAAUGGGGAGUGUCUGUGAAGGGGGAUGAGGAGGAUGGUGAGGAAGGCUCCUGUGUUCACCCCAGGAAUGUGAGUGAGCUCAUUUGGGACCCCCAGCUCCUGGCUGGGCUCUGCUGGCAGCUUCAGGCUCCUUUUUGCCACCCACCCCAGAGUGCAGCACGCUGCUCCUGCCUUGGUGAGCUGAGCUCAGCUGCCCUGAGCCUGGCCCAGAGGGGCUGGGGGCUCUCCCCACCCAUCACCAUCACCAUCCCCCUGCCAGGGAUCCCUGCUGGAGCCCUCCUGGUGCUGCUCCAUUCCCCUGGCUGACCUUCCCAGAGGGGUGGAUGGACAAACAGCUCCUGGGUUUUGUGCCCAGGUUUCCUUUUGGGCUGCUGAGGGGCUCCUUGCAGGCAGGAAAAGCCACCCAGCAGCUCCCCCAGCUGAGCCUGGGGUGCUCCCAGCUGGGCAGGAGUGUUCUGCUCCUGGUGUCUGUAAGGGAAGGACCUCCCUGGGAUUGUUCUGCAGCUGGAAAUGCAGUGUCACACACAGGGGCCUGGCUGGUGGAGCAGGAACAGGAACCAACCCCCUGCCCUGGUGUCAAAUCUGGGGUUCCUGGGGCUCAGCCCAGCUGGGAGGCCCUGGCUGAGCCCUGGCAGGGCAGGAUUCCCUCCUCUGCUGCUUCCCCUCCUGCUUUUUGUGGAAUUCCUGCUCUUCCCCUUAGGCCGUGCUGGGAGGGCAGGAAAAACCCACAGCAAGUGCACCCAGAGGGGUAAACCAAGACCAAAGUUAGGCCAGGCUCAAUGUCCCAGGCCAGAGCUGGGCCUGGCUCCAGAUGAUGCUGUUGGAAAGGAGGCUCAGGAUGGAGGAGUUCUGGAUUGUUGGAAAACAGGGCCAGGAUGGAAUUCUGGAAAUCCACAGAGCAGAUAGAGCCAAACCAGAGCUCCUGGCUGCUGCAGGCCCUCCCUGGAGCUCUGCAAACCCUUCCCUGCUGCAGGAGCUGAGCAGGAGGCAGGGCUGGGCUCCAGGCUGCUCCUCCUGAGCAGGUCUUGUAUUUUUGAGGUGAUUCCCCCUUUUUUUCCCUUGCUAAUCCAGCAUCAGGCUCAGUUUCCCUCCUCCUGUGCUCCAUGUCCCGUGUGGGAGCAGCUCUGAUCCUCCUCUCUCCCCUCUGGUGACAUUUCUGAGCUUUCCUUUGGCCAAAGCUGUGCUCAAAGGGAAAAAGCCCAACCACAAAACAAACCCUGUCCCUGCUGUGCUGAGCUCUCAGCCCAGGGAAUCCUGGAAUAUUAUUUUUCCUGGAAUAUUAUUUUUCCUGGAAUAUUAUUUUUCCUGGAGUAUUAUUUUCUGGAAUAUUAUUUUCCUGGAAUAUUAUUUUCUGGAAUAUUUUUUUUUGGAAUAUUAUUUUCUGGAAUAUUAUAAUUUUCUGGAAUAAUAUUUUCUGGAAUAUUCUCAGCUGCUCACUUGAUUUCUCUGCCUGAUGUUGAGGAAUUAAAUGCAAGAUUUCCUUCCAUUAACAUUUCAGCUUUUAUGGAUAUAAAGAGAAGCUCUGCUGGCCUUUCUGGUGUCACAUCACCACUUAAUCCCCCAGGAAAAAAUUCCCUAGAGGAGGAAUCUGCCUCUCAUGGUGGGGCUGGGGGGGGAGUCUGUACAUUAAAUAUGGUCCAAGGUGUGCUUGGGGAAUGGUCAGGGAAGAAUUUAAUUUAAAACUGAGGAAUAUUGAUGGGAAAACAAACAAAAACAAAAGAAACCUCUUCCCACUGGUUGCACUCCAAUGCAUGCCUACUCUACAGCUGCCUGCAGAUGAAAAUCCUGGUUUACUCUUUUAUUAAAGGAAAAAAAGACUGUCUUAAUUAUUUAUAGUUCCUAUAACUGACAGAUGUCGACCUAAUGGAUAAAUUAUAUUUGGUUAAAUAAAGAUGACAUUUAUUUAUCUGGA